AGUGAGCUCAGCAAGAAAUUCAGAGAAAUGGAUGGUCUCCCAAACUUCAGCAAUGAUGAUAUUUCAAGUGAAUCCGAUAUACAGCAACAAUCUCUUCAGAACACUAAUAGAGUUUAUAAGAAAGUUCAGAAAGACAAAGAGAAGCUUCUGCGAGAAAUGAUGUAUAAUUCACAACAAAACUUGGAGAAAUGUAUGAAACUCGAGGAAGAAAAUAAGAACUUCCAAGAACGUAAUAGAGACCUUAAAGAAAGCCUCUAUUCCCUUGCUGAAAAAGUUGACAGAAGAGACGAAGAUCUUGCAGAAGUCGUUGAUAAGCUUACAGAACUUGAAGGCGAGCUAGAACUUACCAAGAUAGAGAACCUUCGAUUAAGGAACCAGCUUGAUAAAAAAGAACAAAUAGAGAUGGAAAGAUUACAUCAUAGCUCUUUUAUGGGCAGAGAAGACAGUGAAGAAGAAGAUCCAGAUGGCCAAAAUGGAAUGAAUCUCAGGUCUCAAAUCUCUAAUCAUAGCAUAAGAUUGAACAAACAAGACAUCUCAGCAAUAGGAAUUAACGAAAAUAUUGAUAAUGCCAAUGAAAAGAUUAUGGAGAAAAUUGCCGAAAUCAAGGGCAUGAUCACUCACUUUUCAGAAAAUUUAUCGGAUAACUUCCAAGGAGUGACCACGAUGGUGGAAGAACAGGAUAAGGAGAUAGUUUCAAACCACUCUAAAUUAACUAAAAUCGAUAACCAAAUAAAAACUCUCUGUAAUGAACUGGCUCAUUAUAACAUGACAAAAGAGGAGCAUGAGAUGUUGAUCAAAGAGCUUGUAAAUGAGACUCAGGAAAACCACAAGGCAUUACUAGUAAUGAAGGGUAUGAUCAAUAGUUCACCAGUGAUGAGGAUUAGUACUAUGAGAGGUGCAGAUCUGGGGUACAACAAUACUUUAUCACAAAGUGAACUAAGAUACCAAAAUGAUAACGGAAUUUCAAAAGGGCUCUCAGUCCUAGAAAUUAGUGACUUCAACGGGAUGGAGAAUGACGAAGGCCUUGGAGAUGGCAUCCUUGAGGAAAUAGACAACGUAGUCUCAGAAGAAGACUUAAUUACCGAAUCAUGAGAACAAGAACAAGAAGAAGAGGAAGAAGAGCAGGAGGAAGAAUCAGAAUCUGAAAAUAAAGAUUCUGACUUAAGACAAACUAUAGAAGAGAGGGAUUUUGUAGAGGAAACUAAAGGUGAUCGCCAUAAAGAAAUGGAGAAUAAGUUUAAAAAUAUCCUAAAGCCUCUUAAAGGCCAGAUUACUUCACAGAAGAGUCUCACUCAGAGAGCAAGAUUAAUGUCAAAUGACUCUCAGAAGAAUGAAGCUAAAGAUAAUGAGACGAUUAGGAAAUCUGUGAACCUGGACAAAUCUAAGAUUUUUAAAUUUAUUCAGGGUUCGGUGACUAGAUCGACUAUUGUGAUGGAGAAGAUCAACCAAGAAAGGAAUAAAAGAAUGCAAGUUAAGCCAGUGGAGAAGCCUAUAUACAUGGUCAAGGAAACUAUGAGUAGUGAGUUCACCACAGGUAAUGACAAAGACUCUCAACUCCCGGAAGAUACCAUUCAGAAAUUAAGAAAAGAAUACUUCAAGUUGAGCGUUUUGAUUAAAGCAAUGCAGCGAAGAAUCAAAAGAGAGGACUAUAGUAUUGAAGAACUCUGGAGGAAGGCAAUGCUCGAUCUUGAGGUAGACCAAUAUUCCUCCUACAUCACCAAGCAUCUUGACAAGAUCAAAGAAAUUCAGAGGAAGAAGAAAGUUGAGGAUAAUAAAUCAGAGAAUUCUGAAGACUCAAUAAAGCCAAUGGAUGCUGAAGAAUACUCCAAUCUUGCAGAAAUGAUAGCAAUAAAGGCAGAGAUUUAUCAAAAUAUUCUCAGGCAUCAAACUCAAGAAAUUAAGGAUGAUGUAGAGAAAAAGAUGGAGAAGAGUGAUAUCAACAAACUUGGGAAGAGUUGUAUACUCUCUAGUGAAGAAGAAUAUCCCGCGAUGAAACAUGUCAAGUGGGCAUAUACCUUGUUCUUUGAGAGGAAGAUUGAUAUCUACAGGUUCUUGAUAUAGAUCAAUAAAAUGAGUUGAGAUUCAA